AUGGACAACUAAACUAUUCUCACUUUAUAAGUUUACAGUAAAAAUAUAUUUUUUGAUCACCCCUAUGAAUUAACAUAUGUCGGAGACAAAAUUUUAUUUUAUAAGGUAUGAGAAUCAUCUUCAUUUAUAAAGCUGAAGCAAGGAGUUUAAAUAUUCAGAUUUCAACUUUUGAUAAGAAUCAUGACUCAAAUUAAGUGGAUAACCAAAAUUGAAGGUAAUUUGCCUAAAAUUAUUGGGUUCACAAUAAAUAUAAAGAAAAAAUCCAAGAAUUUCCUUUGUAAGGAUGUGAAUGGAAUUCUAAAGUAAAUUAAAUGAUCAAAUGAAUCUUAGACUGAAGAAUUUUCUGAGCUGCAAAUGUAGUUUUGCUAAUUUUGAUGAAUUAUUUAACGUCAAAAGUGAGAUAAGUAGAGGGUCUUCAGGUAGUGUGAAAAAAAUCUAAUGUAAAUAGACUGGAAAAGAAUUGGCUGUUAAAUUUAUUAGCAAAAAGGAUUUAACACCUUUAAAUUAUGUAAAAAUAUAUAUAUUCAAACUAAAGUCAAUCUUAGAGUAAGAAAUAGCUGUGAUGAAUAAAGUAAAAGGAUAUGAUUAUUUUGUGAAAAUCCAAGAUUUAUAUCAAGAUGAUUAAUACUACUUAAUCAUCAUGAAUUAUUUGGAAGGAUACUCAUUGUCAUAUUAUCUGGAAAACAAUAGAAAAAUGAAUAAAACUUUUUCUUUGUUUUAAAUAUUCUCAAUUAUGAAACGGCUAUUUGAAGCCUUAAUCAAACUAUCCUAAUUAGAAGUAUAUAGGCAAUUAAAUAUAGAUCAUACACAGAGAUAUCAAACCAUAAAAUUUAGUUCUAGCAGAAGAAGAUGAUUUCAAUUCUCUUACUAUAAUUGAUUUUGGAUUUGCAACCUUCACCAAUAUUAACAGAUAUCUUUUAUAUAAAUGUGGUACACCUGGAUAUGCAGCACCUGAAGUGCUUAAUUCUUAAUGCACAUAUUACUCAUUUAGUUGUGAUGUAUUUAGUAGUGGUUGUCUGCUUUAUCUAUUGUAAUUAAAAAUUCAUUCUUUAGGUUAUUUAAUGAAUUGCCUUUUAAAGGUGACACAACGGAAUAGCUAGUACAUAAUAACAGACUUUGUUAAUUAGAUUUUCAACAAGAAAAAUGUAAUGCUUUCUCUUUGAGUAUUAUUGUAAGAUUUUUAUUUAUUUUUAAUAGGCUCUUUUGAAAUCUCUAUUGGAAAAGAAUAUAUCUGACAGAAUCUCUUUGAAGGCUGCUUACGAAUAAUUUUCAUCUUUGUAUGAACUUUAUAAGCAAAGAUGCGAGACUGAGGAUUGUCACGACUCAUCUCCACUUGUAAAUAGGCUACCUAAUUUUGAUAUCCAAAUUGGUAGAAUAUUUGAGUAGAGCUCAAUAAAAGAACAGGUGAACAAAGUUGUUUAAAGUUGA